AUGGGCAAGUGGGUCCCACGGAAAUCGACAGGCAAGCACAUCGCCAAGGAUGGCAAGGCGAAGGGCAAAUACCCUCCAGGUGUACCGUUUUACAAGCUGCCCCUGAAAGCGUUUCUCCGCAGCUGGCCCGAUGAGGAUGGCUGCGUGCUCGCACAAGACCAGCACAGGCGCAGCCCACUGUACAGCACCACACACCUCAACGUGCUCCCGAUCAGAGUUUUCCACUUUUCAGAGCCAUGCCCUCCGUGUGUCCUGGCACAGCGGCUUCUCCUUGUUGCUUCUCGGCGCAAAGCCCAGGCCGUGCAGCGCAGCGAGGUCUUCUGUGGUAAUCCAGAUCGUUUGGCCGCGGCCUGUGCUCAGCCACGGUCGCGUGGACACAUCAAGCGCUUGCUGUUGGCCUUGACGCCCGAGUACCAACGCCUUGCCUUGGAGCGGGUGCCGGAGGACUUCCGUGGCUACUUCGAGGCAGAGCUGGCCAAGCCAUGGGUGUGCGUGGGCAUGAACGGCGAGCGCUGCACCUUUGCUCUUGCAGCACGCGGAGGCCCAGCUCAGGUGAUGGGUCGCAGCGCACGCUGCCUAUUCUGUCGACCUGAAGAUCUGUGGCCAUUGUGCGCGGAGGAAGCUGGCAAGCGAGAGGUGCUGGGCAAGCUCCGGCGCUUGUCAGUGGCUGCCCGCGCCCGUGCUUUGGAAGAGCGCCUGCCGCCCGACGCGGUGGAAUAUUUUCAAGCGCAGCUGCAGGGUCCGGCGCCCAAGCGCGCGGCUGGGCGGGGCGGCCGACGCCCGCUGCCCGUCUUGUGGAGAGGUGCCCUGGCAUCGCGGCAGACAGCUGCAGCCCCGGCGUCGGCUGCGACAAAGAAGAAAUAUCGAGAGCAGGUUCUGGCAGACAGGGCUCGGGCACGGCGCCGUAUGGGCCAGCCUUCAAAGAGAACGCCAGCUGGCGAGGCCGUCGAGAAUACCACUGGGUUGCCCCCGGCGAAGCGCCGCCGGCUGGCCGAGGACUUCGAGCGUUGGUGCCUUUUCGACUCCUGGAGCAUGUGCGAGAACUGCGGCCUCCUCGCGCCUCGCGACCUCACCGAGAGCACGCUCAACAAGCCCCAGCCACCCACCAAUCCUUCAGGCAAGUGCUCCAGAUGCAAAGCUGCGCGCGUGCAGCCGGUGGUGACGCUGGCUGAUGUGCCAGAGGUUCUGCGGGAGCUGUCUGCAGAGGCUGCGCAGGCAUUGUCGCCCUUGGAGAUCGAUGUCCGCUGGCAAACGACUACAGUGAAGAAGCGCAUCAAGCACCUGCAGGACGUGAACAUGCGGACGAAGGCCCGCGCAGCUUACGACUUCUUGAUGGCCUCGGAUGACACACCCUAUGCGACCUUUGUGGCCGAGCAUGCGGAGUUUCUGGAAGAACACCCCGGCGCCGACGAGCUCACUCGCCGUCGCCGGCUGCAAUUCAUUGAACGUGUCGGCGUGGAGUGCGCCCUCUGGCCUGGUUUGUUCUGGGAUGUGAAGCGCACCUUCACUCACGAGCGUGCCACGGAUCCCAGGCGGGUGAUUCGGCAGGAGCGGGCAGCCACCUUGGAGGACGUGCUGAAUGCCGGUCGGCCCGCUGGGCGUGCAGCCUUUCCUGCUGCAGACAGCGAUGAGGAGGUUGAGGGCAACGACGACAGCGAAGAGGAGAGCCAGGUGGCAGAUGCGGAGGACGCAGAAGCAAAUGACGCCACACGCCACAGCAUGAAACGUCUCUUUGCUGCCUUGGCGUUGGGUCGUCUGCUGGGCUACGCUGCGAACUUCGAGCUUCUCCAGUUUGUUUAUGACCUCAACCUCUGGAGCAGCAUCGGUUCCAAGAAGAAUCUGCAGCUGCCGACGCCCAUGCGCCUCAUGCUCAAGGGCGAGGCCUUCAGCCCUCACUAUUGGCGUGGAGUGCACUACGCCUUGCUGGACAUGGUGCGGCAGGUCGGCUACCCUCGCGUCUUCUUCACCAUUGCCCCCUACGAAUGGAGCUUCCCCUACCACGAGUGGGUCCGCGAUGAGAUGCAGAAGAUGCUCAAGGAGCGCCUCUUCCUGCCGGCGGCGGAGACGCUGCACAUGGUGCACGUCAUGGUCCAGGCCGUGAAAGGCUUGCUGCUGGGGCAGACGGGGGGACACGGGCGCAAAGCGUGGAAGAGCAACAUCUUCCGCGUUGUUGAUGGGCAGGGCCAGGCCCGCCGCCUGCACUUCUUCAUGCGCCUGGAAUAUCAGGAUGGCACUCGCAAGGCAGCCACGCAGGACUACCACGGCUCGGGCCGAGUCCACGUGCACGUCGUCAUCUUCGUGAAGCCUGAAGACGUGGAGCAGCUAGAUUUGGCCGAGACCGUGUCUGCCACUUUGCCCGAAGACGCGGACCUUCGUGGCUAUGUCGAAGGCAGCCAGUACGACCGGGACAAGAAGAGCGGCUGGCCUGUCCACGAAGAACCGACUUGCUUCGAUCGUGACGCGGGCACGUGGCUCCUGCAACACACGGAGGACGACCAUGCGGAAGGCCUGCGCCCCUACCUCGUUGAUCUCAUGGAGGUGCUCCGCUGCCACCAAGACUUCCAGAUGUGCGACGACGACGGCCUGCUCCGCGCCUAUGUCACCAAAUACGUCAGCAAGUUCUCGGACGCGGCCAGCGAGGAGUGGCUCAACGAUGACGCCGACGCCAUGAGCAUCGCCGCGACCGUCCUCAUGCGCUACCGGCCGCUGGAGCCCGAGAUGGUGCUGCAGCUCUUCGGCGCCAAGUUCCGCCAGUGGCACCUCUCCACGCAGAGCGGCGGCAAGCGCGACGUGGUGGCGCCUUACCCAGACCAGGAGCCCAAGCUCCGCGAGGUGGAGCUGUACGAGCAGGCGGAAUGGGCUCGCGGCCGCAUCAGCUUGCUCGAUUACUUGCGCAAGACCACGGACGAGGGCAAGAUCUGUCACUGGCUCAGGAAGAAACACGUGCAGUCUGGCAGCGGCGCCACCCUGGAGGACUUUGCCGCGAACUACGUGAUGCAAGGCGAGAAAGUCGUGGCCGCCGAGACGGUUUCCAAGUUCAACGACCGCUACUUUGGCCAGUGGCUCAUGCUUCAUGUUCCCUUCGAGACAGCCACUGAUUUCUACGUGCCAGAUCACGUCGCCCAACGGCUCCCGGAGGCACACAAGUACUUCGCCAUGGCCAUCCUCUGCGAGCACCCAGUAGCGCAAGCCAUGUGGCCGGCCGCUCGGAGUUGA